AUGGGCGACGUGCUGCUCUGCCUGCUGCUGGCCGUCAUGCUCCUGGUGGACGCUACGCUGGCGGAGCCGAUGCGGGGCCGCGGUAAGCGCGGCCGCGGCCGGAAGCGUCCCCAGAAGGUGCGCAGGCCGCACCGACACCGUCAGAGGCCGCACUCUCGGCCGCACGGCCGGCCUCUGGUCUACACUCAGCCCGGCAACGAGCCAGAGGUCAGCUACCUGCCGCCGUCACCGACCAAAGAGGCGCCCGAAACCAGCUACGGUCCGCCGGAAACCAGCUACGGUCCUCCUGAGACGAGCUACAAGGAACCGGAAACGAGUUAUAAAGAACCUGAGACGAGCUAUAAAGAGCCAGAGAAAAAGCCUGAGACGAGUUAUACGGAGCCGGAGACGAGCUAUAAAGAGCCCGAGUCCGAGUAUGGUCCUCCCAAGAGCUUCACAAGCUACGUUGAGCCCACAUCAAGCUACAAAGAGCCGGAGACUAGCUACAAAGAGCCAGAAACUGGCUACAAAGAGCCAGAAACUAGCUACAAAGAGCCAGAGACUAGCUACAAAGAACCUAGUAAUAGCUACGAGCCACCUCAAACCAGCUACAAAGAGCCUAGUAAUAGCUACGAGGCGCCUAAAACCAGCUACAAAGAACCCGAGACCAGCUAUAAAGAACCAGAAACAAGCUACAAAAGGCCUUCGACGAGCUACAAGAAACCAGAGACGAGCUACAAGAGACCCGAACCCAGUAAGAAGCCUGAGACUAGCUACAAAGAACCUGAGUCGAAUAAAAAGUCAAGCAGCGAUAGCUAUGGACCAAUCUCCAACAAUCUCAAGGGAGGCUUCGGAGAUAUCAGCUUCGACGAUUUCAGCUUCCCCAGCUUCCCAAAUUUCGAGUCGUUCAAGAUCAACUUUGACUCUGCGCCGGUGCGUCCAUCCUCCAGCGGAGGGUCCUCCGGCGGCGCGUCCUCCGGCGGCAGCUACAGCGCACCGACGCCGGAGCCGAGCUACCAGCCGCCGCUGAAGGAGGCCCAGCUGCCGCCCACCUUCUCACCGGGAUACCAGGCCCCGGUGAGCAGACCAGCGACGGAGAGCCCGGCAAAGGGAGGGUACCAGCCGCCGGCGACACAGGCGCCCAGCUACCAGCCGCCGGCGACUCAGGCGCCGAGCUACCAGCCGCCGGCGACACAGGCACCGACCUACCAGGCUCCACAGAACUCCUACCAGCCGCCGGCGACUCAAGCACCGAGUUACCAGCCACCGCCUACGCAGGCACCCACGUACCAGGCUCCACAGAACUCUUACCAGCCACCCAGUAACCCAGCACCUCAGAAUAGCUACCAGCCGCCGGCCACACAAGCGCCUACAUACCAGGCUCCACAAAACAGCUACCAGCCGCCGACGACUCAAGUACCCACUUAUCAGGCCCCACAGAAUAGCUACCAGCCGCCCGCCAACCCCGCACCCCAGAAUAGCUACCAAGCACCGAGUAAGCCAACAGCCCAGAAUAGCUACCAGCCGCCCACAACACAGGCGCCCACGUACCAGGCUCCUCAAAACAGCUACCAGCCGCCGGCGACUCAGGCGCCGAGCUAUCAGCCACCGGCGACUCAGGCACCCAAAUAUCAGGCACCUCAGAAUAGCUACCAAGCACCCAGUAAGCCAGCGCCACAAAACAGCUACCAAACACCCAGUAAACCAGCACCUCAAAACAGCUACCAGCCGCCCAAAACACAGGCACCCACUUAUCAGGCCCCUCAGAACUCUUACCAACCGCCCACUAACCCGGCUCCACAGAAUAGCUAUCAAGCACCCAGUAAGCCAGCACCCCAGAAUAGUUAUCAGGCACCCAGCCAGCCAGCACCCCAGAAUAGUUACCAGGCACCCAGUAAGCCAGCACCCCAGAAUAGUUACCAAGCACCCAGUAAGCCAGCACCCCAGAAUAGUUACCAACCGCCGGCGACACAAGCACCUACAUACCAGGCUCCUCAGAAUAGCUACCAACCACCCGCCAACCCGGCUCCCCAGAAUACCUACCAACCACCGGCGACACAGGCACCAACUUAUCAGGCUCCCCAGAAUAGCUACCAGCCGCCUAGUAGCCAGGCGCCUCAAAAUACCUACCAACCGCCUACCAACCCUGCUCCCCAGAACAGUUACCAGCCACCGACUAAUUCAGCACCCCAAAACACCUAUCAACCACCGAGUAGCCAGGCACCCCAGAACAGUUAUCAACCUCCUACCAACUCUGCCCCACAGAACAGUUACCAGGCACCGAGUAAGCCCGCACCUCAAAACACCUACCAGCCGCCAGCUUCCCAGGUCCCACAGAACAGUUACCAGCCACCGACUAACUCAGCGCCCCAGAACAGUUACCAGCCGCCGACUAACUCGGCGCCGCAAAAUACCUACCAACCGCCGGCGACACAGGCACCAACUUAUCAGGCUCCCCAGAACAGCUAUCAACCACCCAGCAGCGCCGCGCCACAAAAUAGCUACCAACCACCCCAGAACACCUACCAGCCACCGACCAACCAGGCACCCCAGAACAGUUACCAGGCACCCAGUAAACCUGCACCCCAGAAUAGUUACCAAGCACCCAGUAAACCAGCACCCCAGAAUAGUUACCAAGCACCCAGUAAACCAGCACCCCAGAAUAGUUACCAAGCACCCAGCCAGUCGCCGGCAGUGAGCAGUUACCAGCCGCCCACCGCGAGGGCGCCCACCUACCAGCCACCUCAAAACAGCUACUCGUCACCCAGCAGCUCAGCAGCUCCUCAAGACAGCUACCAGCCGCCCAGCAGUUCAGCAGCUCCCCAGAACAGUUACCAGGCCCCCAGCAGUUCUGCAGCUCCCCAGAACAGUUACCAGCCGCCCAGCAGUUCUGCAGCUCCUCAAAACAGCUACUCGUCACCCAGCAGCUCGGCAGCUCCUCAAAACAGCUACCAGCCACCGAACAGCUCGGCAGCUCCUCAAAACAGUUACCAGCUGCCCAGCAGCUCGGCAGCUCCUCAAAACAGCUACCAGCCGCCCAGCAGUUCAGCAGCUCCUCAAAACAGUUACCAGCCGCCCAGCGCUUCAGCAGCUCCUCAAAACAGCUACUCGUCACCCAGCAGCUCGGCAGCUCCCCAAAACAGCUACUCGUCUCCGAGCAGCUCGGCAGCUCCCCAAAACAGCUAUUCAUCCCCCAGCAGCUCGUCAGCUCCUCAAGACAGUUACCAGCCACCGAGCAGCUCGGCAGCCUCCGGCGACAGUUACUCGUCUCCGAGCAGUCCAGCAGCUCCCGAUGACAGCUACCUGUCGCCCCUGUCGGACGAAGUUCCGCCGUCCGCUCUGUCUCACUCGGUGAUCUCCGCUGCUAAUGUGCUCACUGAUGAUGCGUGGCUGGCCAGAGCGUGA